AUGUCUAUCCAAAAGCUCAAGGUCGGCAUGGCAGGCUUAGGCCGUGUGGGCAAGAUCCACGCCAACAACUUCCUUCAUCAGACCCCUCGCGCAGAGCUGGUUGCUGCAUUUACCCCUGAUCCGAAAGAGAUCGCCUGGGGCAGACAACAUCUGGAGCCGUACGGGGUGACUCUGUACGAUGACUAUGAGAAAAUGUUGGAACAUCCUGGUCUUCAAGCCGUGGCUAUUGGAACAGCGACAUCAGUGCAUGCCGAGGAGACCAUGAAGGCUAUUGACCGUGACCUCCAUGUGCUUUGUGAAAAGCCCUUGUCCACCGCUGUGGAAGUGUGCAAAGCUGUCGUUCAGAAAGCGAAGACCAAACCUCACCUGAAAGUCAUGUGCGGCUUCUCUCGGAGAUUUGACGAUUCAUACCGUGAUGUCUACAACAAGAUCAAUCAAGGGCUGAUUGGUCGGCCAUCCAUCGUCAGAAGCCAGACAUGUGACAAGCUGGAUCCUUCGGGAUUCUACGUCGCAUACGCUGCGUGGUCUGGUGGUGUCUUCGUUGACAUGUCCGUCCAUGAUAUUGACCUCACACUGUGGUUCUUCGGUGAUGAUGCCAUUCCUAAGAGCAUAUCUGCGCAUGGAAUCACUGCUGUGCAGCCGGAGCUGAAGAAAUACAAUGACUACGACAAUGCGGUUGGUAUCGUGGAGUUCCACAAUGGCAAGAUUGCCUACUACUACUGCUCGCGCAUGAUGCCCCAUGGCCAGGAAGAUACUACCGAGGUCAUUGGUACAGAAGGCAAACUGUCGGUCAACAUCAACCCUCAACAUAAUUUUGUCAACUUCUACCAUCCUGGAGGUAUUACUAGAGAAGUGCCAAACAACUUCAUCGGUCGUUUUGGGGCUGCAUUCGUCAGGGAGGCCAACGAAUUUACUGCGUCCUGUCUGGACAACACGCCUCUUCCGAUCAAGUUGACCAACGCAGUCAAAGCCGUGGAAAUUGGAUCUUACCUCCAGGAAGCCCUGGUGACCGGCAAACAAAUUCAUUUUGACGAGGUCGGCAGGAGAGUGGAGAGGGCUAGCCUCUAG